AGUCCUAGUGAGUCCUCGCCAGAAUUUGACUCGCAUCACAUUAAAAGGGACUUUCCAGGGGGCUAAAGUAGUCCGUGGCCCCGACUGGGAGUGGGGUAACCAGGAUGGUGGUGAAGGUAAAACUGGACGUGUGGUUGAUAUUCGUGGCUGGGAUGUAGAGACCGGACGCAGUGUGGCCAGCGUCACGUGGUCUGAUGGUACCACAAAUGUCUACAGAGUUGGUCACAAGGGAAAAGUGGACCUGAAAUGUACUGUGGAGGCAUCUGGUGGCUUUUACUACAAAGAGCAUCUCCCAAAAUUAGGAAAACCAGCUGAACUGCAGAGGAAAGAAAGCACGGACAGGCAUCCAUUCCAGCAUGGGGACAAGGUUAAAUGCCUGCUGGACAUUGACAUCUUGCGGGAAAUGCAGGAGGGCCAUGGGGGCUGGAAUCCUAAAAUGGCUGAGUUCAUUGGCCAGACAGGGACUGUGCACAGAAUCACGGACAGAGGGGACGUGAGGGUCCAGUUCAACAGUGAAACCCGCUGGACUUUCCAUCCUGGAGCUCUGACUAAGCUCAACACCUUUUGGGUUGGUGAUGUUGUCCGGGUGAUAGAUGAUAUGGAAACAGUGAAGCGAUUCCAACCUGGUCAUGGGGAGUGGACAGAUGAAAUGGCACCUGCCCUAGGGCACAUCGGCAAGGUGACCAAAGUCUAUGGGAACGGAGAUUUGCGAGUGUUGGUUGAAGGGCAGUCCUGGACGUUUAACCCAGCUUGCCUGACAGCCUAUCAGAGAGAGGAGGAAGCAAACCUCAUGACAACGGAGAAUGCAAAGGAAUCAAAAAGUACUUUGAUUACUGUACUGGAGAAACUGCUCUCCCAGAAGACAGAGGCAGAGCAUGCAGGCUGCCUGGUCAUUUGUGCAGCACUGAACAAUGCAGCUAAAGUUCGGGAGCUCCUUCAGAAGUACCCAGACAAGGUCGAUGCAAAGAACCAGGGCAGAACUGCCCUGCAGAUUGCCUCUUAUCAGGGGCAUCUGGAUGUUGUGAAGAUUUUGCUGCAGGCACAUGCCACUGUCAACCUAAGGGAUGAAGAGGGGGAUACAGCACUGCACUACGCAGCUUUUGGAAACCAAGCUGAGGUUGCCCGUGUGCUUAUCGCUAAAGGAGCCAGUGCAGACCUGUUAAACAAUGCAAAGUGCACAGCAUUGUAUGUUGCUGUCAGUCAAGGAUUCACAGAGGUGGUGCAGACCCUCUGUGAGCUCAACUGUGAUGUCAACCUCCCAGAUUCCCAGGGAGACACCCCUCUGCAUUAUGCUAUCACUGCAGAUUACAAAGUCGUUAUUGAGAUUCUCACCGAAGUACCCAACAUAGACUUCACUGUCCAGAAUUGUCAAGGCUUCAACCUGCUCCACUAUUCUGCUCUAAAAGGCAACGAGCUAGCCAUAAAGAAGAUUCUAGCAAGAGCUCGGCAGCUGGUUGACUCCAAAAAGGAAGAUGGCUUCACUGCCCUGCACCUCGCUGCUCUCAAUAAUCACAAAGAAGUGGCAGAAAUUCUUAUCAAAGAGGGUCGCUGUGAUGUCAACCUCAAGAACAACCGUAACCAGACACCACUGCACCUGGCUGUCAUCCAGGGACACGUAGGGAUGGUGCAACUGCUGGUCAGUGAAGGCAGUGAUGUCAAUGCUGAAGAUGAGGAUGGGGACACAGCCAUGCACAUUGCCUUGGAACGGCAGCAGCUAAUGUCCCUCAUGAUGGAGAAGCACGAAGGGGAGAUGGGAUUGUCCCUUCUUUCCAAGCUGCAGGCUUCUGGCUUUCUUGGAAAUGUAGAGCUGAAUGUUGGAACUGCUAUUGCAUGUUACUUAGCGCAAGAAGGAGCUGAUAUUAAUUAUGCAAACCAUCGGGGAAAGACACCUUUAGACCUCAUUACAGAUGGAAGGAUCAUCCAGAUCAUCAAAGACUUCUCACAGAAAUUCAGGGAACAGCAGGUUUCUUCAGACAGCUCAGCCAUCACCUGCAGCCUUCGCCGUGUGCACACCACCCCCAACACAAUGACCAACCUUAGUGUCUCGAGUGUGGCGGUCCCCACAGAGUGCCUGGUCUGCUCGGAGCUGGCCUUGCUCAUCCAUUUCUUCCCAUGCCAGCACAGUAUUGUGUGUGAAGAAUGCUCCAGGAGAAUGAAGAAGUGCAUCAAAUGUCAAGUGACAAUAACCAAAAAACUGAAACAAGACAGCACCGAGGUGGAGUGCAGCCCAAGCUCUGAAUCCACAGAUCAGAGGAAGCUCAUGGAGGAGCUGCAGAACCGCUACCGGCAGAUGGAAGAGCGCAUCACCUGCCCUAUUUGCAUCGAUGACCAAAUCAAACUGGUCUUCCAAUGUGGACAUGGCUCUUGCCCAGACUGCAGCACAGCCCUUACUGUCUGCCCCAUCUGCCGGCAGGCUAUCCGGGAGAGGAUUCAGAUCUUUGUCUAAGGAUAUGCUUGCUUCCCUUCCCAUUCCCACCUCCCUCCUUUACUUCCUUUUUGUUUGCAUUUUAGAUGAGAAGCGCUAGUCAGGCUGAUGUGUUUGGCUACCUGCAAAGCCAUCCUGAAAGAGAGGGAAGCAAAUAAGUGAUGUGACUUGGGUGGAGGUGGAGGGGAGUCCCCUCUCCUUACAAUGUCAUAAGGCCAAGGAGCAGUGCUGGAGGGCAGGCAGCCCCCUCACCCUGUGCUGCUGAUCCAUCAGAAACAACCUGAAGUAAAGAACACUGACCUGUCUACUGAAGGCAGAAGAGACUUUCAGACCAGAGGCGAAUAGACUUCCAUGUGCAGAUGUUUUCAACGGCAUCCAACUCC